ACAAAAAUGUUGGUUCUUUGGAAAGAUACAAAAUCCAAGAAAGCAACCAAAAGAAAAUUCCCUGCCGAGAUUGUAAAGAUACAGAUGACAAAGACUGGUUACUCAAAUACAUGAGAGAAGAUGAUUCUCCGGUUAAAACAGGCAAAGGUUUCCGCAAGCGUGUAAGAAAUGCAAACAGUGUUAUAAAUGAUAGCGACAGUGACACAGAAAGACAGCAAGAACCAGCUGCAACGAAGAGGCAGAAAGCAGCAUCUAAAAAUGCUGAGCAAUCAAAGCGAUCAACCAAUCUGGCUAACAUGAUAAAGGAAAGAUACAGGAAGGAAAGUCUUAAAUUAUUUGAUGGCAACAGUGUAUGUGAUGAAGAUUGCAAACAUUUAAGAGAAAAUAGAACGCUUCUGGCAACAAUCAAACACCUAAAAAGUGAAAAUGAAAGACUUCGGGAACAAAUCGAAAGUAGUGAUGAUUUAAAAGUUUCUUUGAGAAAACUGAAGAAGUAUGUGGCAUCCUUGGAAGGCUUUUCAAACCAAGCACUAAAAUUUGGUUCACAACAGAGCGUACAAGCAUACGAGCCUUCCGCAAGAUUGUCUCCUUUGACAACCAUGGAUCAUGGAAGAUCGUCUCCUAUUUCAUGUGUGUCAAGCUCAUCAACCAGAUCUUCUCCCACAUCGAUGAGUGGUUUUUCAGAAUUUGCUACAGAGGAACCAACCGUAAUUGCAAUUAGCGAAGACAACUUGUUGAAAGACAAAAGUAAGGAAAUACAAGGCUGUGAUGAUGACAACUAGGUCCAGGAGUUAGAGAAGGACACAUAUGCUUCCUCAAAAAUUUGUGGAAGUGACGAACAGUCUGGAUUGGCUGAUGUUAUGGCAGAUAAGGUUGUUCUCGGACCAGGCUUGUCGAUUUCAAAGAAUGUGCUUCAACGAAUAAAGACGAAGAAAGUAGGAUCAUUUAUCGCAAACCUGAUGGGAGCAACACUCACAAGAGAGUACAUGGCGACACACAGUUACAAAGGGCAGAAAGGGAAGAAUGGGCAAACAAAGCCAAAGCUUGAUCCAAACUACACAGCUUCCCUAAUAAAAUACGCCAAGAGUGUAAGAUACACCGAACUUCAGCGGCCUGUUAUUGACGAGGACAUUGUCAAAGCUAUCAAGUUUAAACUGAACAAUGAGGAACAGGCGUUCAAAAAGCAACAAGAAUAACAGUAUUAUGGCACAGGAAU